AUGUCUCAAGCAGAGACGCCAGCAGCAAACAAAGGCGCCAAGAGCGCUCACCGCGGUCAAGGACGCCCUCGGGGUCGUGGAGGAAAGCCUCGUACUGAGAGUACCCAGGCGCACAACAAGCCCCCGCUAACGCACUUCAUUGCACUGCCCAUCGGACAUCAUGCAGACCUCCGAACCAAAAUAUCCGCCUUCACCUCCGCCCUCACCUCUGCCAACCCCGCAAUCUCAGGCUUAGACCCCUCGAUCAUAAUAUCCCCGCGCCGUCUGCACCUCACACUCGGCGUCAUGUCCCUCGACCAACCAUCCCCAUCCACACCACCACCAUCAACCCAGUCACAGUCAACCGAACCCCCACCAGCGACCCUAACACGCGCAACCGAACUCCUACACACUCUCCGCCCCAGAGUUCUCGAGAUGCUCGGGGGAGAGCCGUUGAGGGUUGGACUGGAGAGGAUGGAUAUUAUGCCGCCUGAACGGGGGGAUCCGGAGCGGGCGCAUGUGUUGUGGGUUGGGCCGGAUUUGGAGGGGGAGGAUGGGAGGCGGUUGAGGGCUGUUUGCGAUGUGAUACAGAAGACGUUUAUGGACGCUGGACUAGUAGUCGACGAACGAAGGGAGCUCAAGCUGCAUUGUACAGUGGUAAACACGACAUACCGCAAACCCCGCACACGCGGCCCCCGUAUCCCAUUCUCCUACCAAUCCAUCCGCACCUCCGAAGCAAUAUCUUCGAUCCUGGCUACUCAACCAUCAGCUGCCCAAGCGGACGCCGUGGCCCAACUAGCAGAUGCUACUCAAGUGCUCCGAUUACAAGACACGGACGCUGCUUCCAGUGCGCCCGACGGAGAUCAGUCUCAACCUCGGCGUCGGAGAGAGAAGCCGAAGCCGCUGAACGUGAACUUGGGAUCGUGGAGUGUGGAUGAAAUGCAGAUUUGUAGGAUGGGGAGUUAUGGGCCUGAGGGGGAGUAUGUAGCUGAAGCGAGGUGUUCAAUCACGCCGUAG